ACAAACGCAUCAGUUGAGCGUGGGGCGCCUUCCUGUGAGGUCCUACUCCAAGAUGGACUCAAACAUGGGGAUUUAGUUGUGCUGUUUUGGAUCUAAACACCUGGAUUACAAUCCUCUGCGCAAUGGUUGAAGGAAUCGCUGAGAUAGCCGCAAUGUGCAUCGGCCUGGUGGGGCUGAUCGGCGCGGCCGCCACCACCGGUAUGCCCAUGUGGAAGGUAACGGCGUUCAUCGGGGAGAACAUCAUCGUCAUGGAGACCCGCUGGGAGGGCUUGUGGAUGAACUGCUACCGCCAGGGCAACAUAAGGAUGCAGUGUAAGGUGUACGACUCCCUCCUCUUCCUGCCUCCGGAGCUCCAGGCGGCCAGGGGUCUCAUGUGCUGCUCGGUGGCCUUGUCCGGACUGGGUCUCAUGGUCGCCAUGUUGGGACUGCGGUGCACCACGUGUUUUCGGGGUAACGAAAGAGCAAAAAAUGUGAUUCUGUCGGUGGCGGGUGGCAUGCAGCUGCUGGCAUGCGUCUGCGUCUUCAUCCCUGUGUCGUGGACGGGUCAUGUGAUCAUCCGGGAUUUCUACAACCCUUUGUUGAUUGAUGCCCAGAGAAGAGAACUGGGGGAGGCUCUUUACAUUGGCUGGGUGACGGGAGCUGUUCUUUUCAGCUCUGCCUUGUUGUUCAUCUGCAGCCGUCAGGCAUCAGACAAAAGGUCAAAAGGUCUUUACCACCCGGAAAACUCGCUAGGCUAUGAGGCCACGCUGAGGAAGCCUGUUCCGAUGAUGUAUCAGCCCAUUUCAAAUGUUUCCAGCAUCAGAUCCAACGCCUACCAACCCUCCCUGCAGCCCAGCUAUGCUGCACGUCAGAUCGUCAAUCCUCAAUUGCCGACGAGCGACGCCACACUUGUCACAACACCGGUCGUCUUCAACCCUGGUCAGCCUGAAGGAGCAUCGCUCUUGUAUCCAGGCAGCAUGGUCCAACAUUCAUCCCUGAGAAGUUCCAUCCCGGUCGAAAGCCUGUACACGCCGAUCAACUCCUUGUACACCAGUCACAACAGCACGCCGUUCAAUCCCUCCGUGUCCUACCAGUCCAGUUUCCAGCCCGCACCUCAAACUCCGGUUGUCAUUCAAUACAAAGCUUCCAGAAUUGAACCAGGGUCUCACAGUGGGAGCGGCGUAGGAAUGUACAUUUGAGGAAAACUUGCCUUUUUGUAGCAAAGCCAGCCAAAGGCAACAUUAUCUCUAAAAUAUCAAAAUUAGAUAUUUAUAUGUAUUGUACCUAUUGACUGAACAUUCUGAUGCUUUACACCUUCACAGCCACUAGAGGGCAUCAUGGACGCAUGUAGCUUGACUUGCUGAUGUCAAUGCUGUUGGAAACCAUUUUCAUACAGCAUUUUAUGGGUUUUCCAUGAGUGAAUUUAUGUAUCACAGGCACAUAGGUAAUAAAAAGAGCUGCAAACACUCAAAUUAAACUGUUUGUAGUGGGAAGGCGCUGGCUUGCUCACUUACAAACCUGUUUGUGUGGCGCCAGGGUGGUAUCACAUUUCCAAAGACAAGACAGAUGAAACCUGAACAAUGGCCCAAAGGGGUAAGCCACAAACAUUCCAAACACAAGAUGAUCCAAACUAACACUAACACUACACUAACAUAAAAGAACUGUAUAAGGAACAUGCUGCGAAUUCCAAAAACACACAAAAACACACAAAACCACCAAAACGAUGGAUGGAUGGAUGGAUGGAUGGAUAGAUAGAUAGAUAGAUUUUGCCAACGAAAUGUCGUUGCCUGGCUCCUGUGUAAUAAUAAUAAAUAAUAAUAAUAAUAAUGUGGAGAGUAAAUAGAUUACAUCAAGUAUGAACAACAAUGUACAGCGUAAACAGUAAUUUGUGCAAAUAAUUUAAAUAAUUUUGAAUAAAUUAUUUAAUAAAUUAUUGAAAAUUACACUUGGCACACUUCCAGGACAGCCAGACCAGAACAUUACCUACAUCAGGUGUGUCCAAUGUACAGUUAUUGGCCGGUGGUACAUUCCAAAAAUAUAAUUUAACAUGAAAACUAAAAAAAAACUUUAAAAAAAAAUCAUCACUGACUGUGGAGACUUCACACUGAAGUCCAGUGUCACACUUCAAGCCCAGUUUGAAGUCCAGUGUGAAGUUUCCACCACAGUCAUUGAUGAUUUGGGGAGCCACCCCAUCUACUGGUGCCGGUCCACGGUGCACAGUCAACAUAGCCCUCUACCAGGACAUUUUAAAGCACUUCAUGCUUCCCAUGACAAGCUUUGUGGGGAUCCCAAUUUCAUUUUCCAGCAGGACUUACCACCUGCCCACAUUGCCAAAGGUACCAAAAACUGGUUCAACGACCAUUGUGUUACUGUGCUGAUUGGCCGGCAACCUCACCUGAUCUGAACCCCAUAGAGAAUCUGGGAAGUAUUGUAAAGAGUAAGCUGAGAGACACCAGAACCAACAAUGUACUAGAUGACCUGAAGGCUGCUAUCAAAGCAACCCGGGCCACAUGCUGAUCGCUUCCAUGCCACGCCGCAUUGAUGCAGUAAUUCAUGCAAAAGGAGGCCCAGCCAAGUAUUGAGUGCAUGGAAAUUGACAUACUUUUCUGUUUAAAAUAUCAUUUUUUUUCAUUGAUCUUAUGUAAUAUUCAAAUUUUCUGAGACACAGCAUUUGGGUUUUCAUUAUCUAUAAGACAAAAUCAUCAAAACUUUAUAAUAAAUAAAUAAAUGUUUGAAAUGUUUCACUGUAUGUGUAAUAUAUAUCUGUAUAAUACAUUUUGAAAUCAGUGACAAAAAAUAUUGAACUUCUUAAUGAUAUUAAAAUUUUUUUAGAUGUAUCUGCAGUAUAUGA